AUGGUUGGGACCCCUGCCACGCCAGCAUCUAAGAUACAGAGAACCCCUUCCUCAACUCCAGGCGGCUCAAAGUUUCAGCAGGAAAAGAUUUUAGGUACCAUUCGGAUAAGGCCUUUGAACCGGAGGGAGCAAGCGUUGUAUUAUCUUAUCGCUUGGGAUUGCCCGGAUGAUCGCACCAUUGUCUUCAAGAAUCCGAAUCAUGAGCGGCCAGCAACACCAUACACUUUUGUUUUUGACCCUACUUGCUCAACUCAAAGGGUUUACGAAGAAGGGGCUAAGAAUGUCGCUCUGUCUGCUCUUAUGGGAAUUAAUGCAACAAUCUUUGCAUAUGGGCAAACAACUAGUGGUAAGGCAUUUACCAUGAGUGGAAUCACUGAAAGUGCUACUCAAGCGAGAGAGUUCAUCCUGAAAAGAUCAGCCUUGGAGAUCUACAAUGACACUAUUGACCUUUUGAAUCGUGAAUCUGAUUCCCUUAGGCUUUUGGAUGAUCCUGAGAAAGGAACCAUUGUUGAAAAGCUAGUUGAAGAAAUUGUUAAGGAUAGCCAACAUUUAAGGCACUUGAUUGGAAUUUGUGAAGCUCAAAGGCAGGUAGGUGAAACUGAUUUGAAUGAUAAAAGCUCAAGAUCACAUCAGAUAAUAUGGCUGAGGGGUGGUCACAUACCAUACAGAGACUCAAAACUCACACAGAUUUUGCAACAUUCACUAGGGGGUAAUGCUCGAACAGCAAGUAUAUGUGACAUGAGUCCAGCUUUAAGUCAUGUGGAGCAAACAAUGAAUGCCCUUUCAUUUGCAUCUAGUGCAAAGGAGGUUACCAACAAUGCUCAAGUAAAAAAGGUAAGAAUUUAGCUAAGCAUAUGCAGAAAGAAAUGACCGGACUUGAAGCUGAGCUACGAAAUCCAGAGUCUUAUCCUUCGUGUUUAAAUACAUUACUAAUGGAAAAGGAUUUGAAAAUUGAGCAGAUGGAAAGGGAAAUGAAAGAGCUGAAGAGGCAGAGAGACAACGCACAAUCCCAGCCUGAACUAGAAAGGAAAGCAAACAAGGAGCUGAAGCUAACACAGCAACUGUUGUUUCCUUUAUUUUUAAACAAUUCCAAUGCUCAUCUCUAUCUACGACAUCUUCAGGUUCGGGGUCAAAACCAGUUUGGGCCUUCUAGCCAAUAGUCAGUUGUCUUUCUUUUCCUGUUGAGGAUGAACCAUGCAUUGGCAAACGUACACCAGAAAUAAGACAAAGAAAUGUAAUACAGGCAAUGAUUAGAUAGUCAACCACAUCUACAGAUCCAUUCAUGCUUGUUCAAGAAAUACGUAAGCUUGAGCAGCUGCAGAGGCAACUAGGUGAGGAAGCAAAUCAAGCACUUGAAGUACUUCAUAAGGAGGUUGCUUUUCACAGACUGGGGAGUCAAGCAACUACAGAAACCAUAAUGAAGAUGCUGUCUGAAAUUAAGGACAUGCAAGUUGUUAACUCUCUUCCUGAAGAAAUUGCCAUUGGAGACAAGGCCAACCUGAAGGACGAGAUCACUCGAUUAAAUUCUCGAGAAAGCGCCAUUGCAUCUCUAGAAAGGAAGCUUGACAAUGUUCAGAAAGCUAUAGACAUGCUGGUUUCCUCUUUUCCAAGUAAUGAGGAGAAUCCAGAGAACAAGUUCCAGUUGAAGAAGAAGAAUGGCUUUCCUUCUGCAUUGAGCAAUAGUUCAAACGUGCAAAAUAUCAUUAGGUCUCCAUGCAUACCUCUAUCCUCUUCUCGUGGAGUGGCGGACAUUGAGAUUGAGAACAGAGUUCCAGAUAAUAGUAAUCUAUCGUUUGGUGGUGUAGAAAGAGAUGAUUCUGCUUUACCAGAAUACAAAAAAUCUAAGUAUUCCAUCAAUGCCUUAACAAAUUCACAGUGAUUAAUUAAACUAAUUAUCUCACUGUGAAUCGAGUUUCGAAGCUGCAAAAACAAUCUAGCAUCCUCUCUUAGCCAAGUUUGUUGUGUAUCAUCAGUAGGUGGAUCUUUAGUAAGGUGAUCAUCCUUAUCAAUGCUAAGCAAAUAGACCCUAACAGUCUUACUCCACUCCAGAUAAUUCGAACCAUUAAGUUUGUAUUCCGUGAUCUUAGUCAUCACCAGAAUUACAUCAGAAAUAAUAUUCUUAUCAUCUGCCAUUUGUUGAGACAAAGAAAACUAACCGAAACGCUAAUCCAAGGUGUUUACAGCAGCAAAAUAAUCCAAAAUCACAAAUCAAGCAAAUUCCGAAAUAGGAUCUGAGAGCCAAAUCUAAGAAGUCCUUUAAUGGUGUACUGGAUCAGGCAACAGCACACAGUGGUGGAAUGAGGGGGUUGAGGCGACGCUGGCUAUGUUGAUCGGAGUCGAAACAGCCGGUCGGCGGCCAAGGUCUCUCCUGAGCUGGGUGGUGAGAACAAAUAGUCACCCUAGAUAGAUGACCUGCUCUGAUACCAUGUAGAAAGAGAUGAUUCUCCUUUACCAGAAUACAAAAAACCUAAGUAAUCCAUCAAUUCCUAAACAAAUUCACAGUGAUUAAUUAAACUAAUUAUCUCACAGUGAAUCGAGUUCCGAAGCUGCAAAAACAACCGAGCAUCCUCUCUUAGCCAAGUUUGUCGUGUAUCAUCAGUAGGUGGAUCUUUAGUAAGGUGAUCAUCCUUAUCAAUGCUACGCAAAUAGACCCUAACAGUCUUGCUCCACUCCAGAUAAUUCGAACUAUUAAGUUUGUGUUCCGUGAUCUUAGUCAUCACCGGAAUCACAUCAGAAAUAAUAUUCUUAUUGUCUGCCAUUUGUUGAGACAAACAAAACUAACCGAAACGCUAAUCCAAAGUGUUUACAGCAGUAAAAUAAUCCAAAAUCAUAAAUCAAGCAAAUACCGAAAUAGGAUCUGAGAGCCAAACCUAAUAAGUCCUUUAAUGGUGUACUGGAUCAGGCAACAGCACACAGUGAUGGAAUGAGGGGGUUGAGGCGACACUGGCGAUGUUGAUCGGAGUCGAAAUAGCCGGUCGACGGCCAAGGUCUCUUCUGAGCUGGGUGAUGAGAACAAAUAGUCACCCUAGAUAGAUGACCUGCUCUGAUACCGUGUAGAAAGAGAUGAUUCUCCUUUACCAGCAUACAAAAAAUCUAAGUAAUCCAUCAAUUCCUUAACAAAUUCACAGUGAUUAAUUAAACUAAUUAUCUCACUGUGAAUUGAGUUCCGAAGCUGCAAAAACAAUCGAGCAUCCUCUCUUAGCCAAGUUUGUCGUGUAUCAUCAGUAGGUGGAUCUUUAGUAAGGUGAUCAUCCUUGUCAAUGCUACGCAAAUAGACUCUAACAGUCUUACUCCACUCCAGAUAAUUCGAACCAUUAAGUUUGUGUUCUGUGAUCUUAGUCAUCACCGGAAUCACAUCAGAAAUAAUAGGUGGCAAUGCAUUACCUAGGCCAUCUAAGGCUACUUCCCUAAAGAGUAAUAAAAGUGGUAGCUGUACCUCAUCAAGAGAGGGCACUCCAAACUUGCCAUCAAAUUCAGUUAAUGUGAAGAAAAUGCAGAGAAUGUUCAAGAAUGCUGCUGAAGAGAAUGUUCUGAGCAUUAGAACUUAUGUUACCAAGUUAAAAGAAAGGGUGGCAAAGCUAAAAUGUCAAAAGCAGCUUCUGGUUCACCAGCAUUUAUAUCUCAUAUCUUGAUCCGGUGUUGGAGCUAGAGGCUAAUGAGGCUGCAACUGUUGAGGCAGAUGCUGAUCAGUCUCCUAUGCCCUGGCACUUGCUUUUCGAGGAUCAAAGAAAGCAAAUUGUGAUGCUAUGGCAUUUAUGCCAUGUAUCACUUAGAGAACACAAUUUUAUCUGUUAUUUAAAGGAGACCCUUCUGAUCAGAUAUAUAUGGAAGUUGAGCUUAGACAGUUGUCGUGGUUGGAGCAGCAUUAGUCGGAGCUUGGCAAUGCGAUCCCGGCACUGUUGGGUGAUGAACCUGCGGGCUUGGUGUCAUCAAGUAUUGAAUACAGCAUCAAAGCUCUUAAACAAGAAAGGGAGUAUCUGGCAAAGAGGGUGAGUUCAAAGCUAACAGCAGAGGAAAGGGAAAUGCUUUAUGCAAAAUGGGAGAUCCCAUCAGUGGGAAAACAAACGAGGUUACAACCGGUGAACAAAUUACGGACAGACCCUCUUAACAUGCAACACAUGCAAGAGAGUGCUGAAAUUAUAGCUAAGCUUGUUCGGUUUUGUGAAUCCGGUGAACGUAUUAGCAAGGAGAUGUUUGAGCUAAACUUUGUAAGCCCUUGUGAUAAGAAGAAAUGGAUGGGCUGGAAUUUGAUAUCAAACCUAUUAGCAUUUUAGCUAAAAAAAUAAACUUAGGUUCAUUUUUUACUUUUGGUUCAUUUUUCGUAUUGAUAGAUGGGCAUUUUGUCAGACAAGGUGAUUUGUGUACAUGUAUAUGGGUUGUGUACAGUUUACAUUAUGAUGAUUUGUGUACACGUAUAAUUAUUCGAUGCCUUGUGACCACCUGGGCAGCAGAAAUUAAUGUAAACUGGUGAUGGAUAUGGGUUGAGUUUUGCUCGCUA